AUUAUGUGCAGAAAAUCGGGCACGACAGUUAGUUAUCUUUAGCCUCGGUAUCCUCUUGUACAUUGUACUUUUCAACCGAACACCUAAGUCCUUUCUCUAUCUCAUCUGUGUUCGUGCAAGCUCUGUCCUUGCCAAAGGUAAUUGUAGGGUGAGCUAAGUACUCAGGCCUCGUUCCGCUUCACAAGCUUUUCCAUCUCUUCAUCAGUUUGAGGUAGAUUUCUGUGGACGUUUCUAAGAGUAAAUGUCGCCUUCAGUUACAAUGCAGAAGUCACUGUUCAUCGCUGUUAUUGUCUGCAACGUCUUGGUAGCGUUUGGACACCAGCCUGGUAUACCCAACCCUGAUCUCUUCGAGCAUGCAAAAGAUGCGGAGCACUUGAAAGAACAUGUUCAGGAAUAUGGCGGCACUGUGGAUUCACUGAAGGAUGAUGAUAUGCUCUUCCACUUCUUCAAGGAGCACGACACAGACAAGAACAACAAACUGGAUGGACUGGAGGUGGCACACGCCCUUACUCACUACGACGCCAAAUCUGAAAAGGAGGAGUCUGGAGUAGAUGAUGCCGAGAUGCUGCAGUUGGUGGAUCAAGUAUUGAAGGAACAGGAUAAGAACAACGAUGGCUAUGUGGAUUACAUGGAGUACACGAUGGCUUACAAUCAUCAAUAAACUGCCAGGGAUCCUGGGCAAAGCGUUGAUUUGUGACUGUGGAACGUGUAUCCGGGCUGCUGUGCUCCCAGAGUCGAAUCUACUACUAUGCGAUCUGCAUCAUACUGUGCUGAGGCAGACAUUGUUCAGUGCACCAGUGUCCACUGCAGUGCACCCUGCAUCGUGACAUACUCUGUAGAUAUAGACACACAUGAUGGUGUAGCAUGGUGCAAUCUCAUGAAACCAUCAUGCUUGUGUGCCUCUGAGACUUGCGUACCUAUUUAUAUUGAGCUUUUGUUUCGUUCUGAAAUUUCCUAUAUCUCAUUGCUCCUUGUACAUUUCAAGUACGCCAGCUACCACAUUUUUUGCCACAGGCUUGUGGAUAGAAAUGAGUUUUUAGUUUUCUGUCCCCAUUGCCGCAUUGUACAGAAGCCAAUAGGUCUUGAAGAAAGAUUUUCUUGGUGAA